CUUUACACUGGGCAGGAGGCCACAUGUAUGAGGAAUUAUCUCAUCAAAAUCAGUAAGACCAGAUACGCCUUUGCUGUGAGGUAUAUCAGUGAAGUGGGCUACGAGAAUGAGGACAGUGUCCAGCUUGAGAUUAUUCCAACCCCUCGUAGCACCCAUGACAAAACACAUAUGCAUGAUGGUGGAGUAGCCAAAUCAGAUGGUGGUAGUUCAUCAAGGUCAUCAAGGUCUGGUUCACCAAGGUCAAGGUCAAGAUCAAGGUCAAGGGAAUCUGAUAAUGAGGAGCUGAUAGCAACUCACAGAACUAAUGCAACAAAGCAUAUUCUCAAAGAACACCAGGAGAAGUUGGAAAGUCUGCAGAACACACUGAAAGAGCACAUAGAGAAACAUAAUCAUCAACAACGAAAACUGAGAAGACAGGCAAGAAAGUUGGCAAAGAGACAGAAAAGACUACAGAAAGAACAGAGAAAGGCUGCGAAAAAGGGUGGAAAAACAUUAAGCAAGGAGUCUCUGGAUUCAAGAAACCAGGAGGAGACACAAUCCAAGAAAAGCCGCACAGAAGAGUGGCUCUCAGAUCAGAACUCCUCAGACAAGGAAGAUGAGAAGAAAGAUGAAGAAAAGCGGAGGUCCUCAGACAGUCAUGACUCUGAAAAUGAAAACAAUCAGAGGAGAACAGUCAGGGAUUCUGAUAAUGAAAACAAUCAGAGGAGAUCAGCAAAGGAUUCUGAUAAUGAGAGUGAAGAAAGUGAGGACAAUAACAGUGAACCUGAACAUCAUCAACCUGCUGUUAAUCGGCCCAUAGUUAUUCCCUCCAUAGUGAGAUUGAGGCAGUCGUUGCCACCAGCUGAUGUUGGAGAGGAGGUAUUGGCACGUUGGUCAGAUGACGGUUGGUAUUAUAGAGGUACAAUAAGCGAGAAUUGUGGGGACUGCAGCUAUUUUGUUGAAGAUGGAGCAGGAGACGUGGAAAGGAUUUACAGGGAGGAUAUUAUCACUGAUAAUGAUGAUGCACAACAAGUGCUACAGAAAAGAGACACAGUUGUGGCCCGUCAUCCCAGCUUCUCGUUUAGUUAUGCACCAGCUGUCGUCCUGUCGCUGUACGAGGAUUUACAGUUGACGGUACGUUUUUACGAUGGUUCAGAAGCCAAGUUGCCCCGGGAAGAGGUAUACAGGUUGGCGCCAGAGAAAUUUGAGCACGAUGUGGACCAUAUCUUGAAGUCAGAAGACCAGUGGGUGGGCCAGGCAGUAGUCGCAAGGAAUGAUUUGCUGGGAACUUAUCAUCUAGGUGAAGUUAAGGAUCGCAUUGGUAAUGGGAGGCAGUAUGUAGUGGAAUGGGCAGACGGAAACAUGGCUGUUGUCAUGGCAACUAACAUGUUUGGUGCGUGCACCAAGCGGCAUAAUCUAUGUGUUGGCGAGCGGGUGCUGGCAGUAGCAGACGACGACACUUUGCUGUACCUCCCUGGCACCGUGACAGCGGUGGAGAGUGACAGGAUUGGGGUCAGGUUCAGUGAUGGCACCAGGUCCAACUCGGUGGACCCAGUUCAGUGUUUCUGGCUGUCUGAGGACUAUUAUGAAGACACUCUGGCUUUUUUCAAGAAGAAAUCAAGACAAUUGGCAGAUGUGUAAAUUAUGAAAAUCUCUGACAUUUGCUGAACUUUCCACAUUCCCUAACAUGUUGACACAAGCAAUAAUAUAUGUUGAACAGAUGCAAUGGCAAUUAAUAAUGGAAAAUUGAUUAAGAGAGAAAAUAUGAAAUUAUACACAAAAAAGGAAUUUAACCUUUUAAAGCUAAAUAUAGCUAAAAAGUUGGUAUAAUGAUAAAUCUUAAAGAGGCAUAGACAUCUUUCCUGUGAGCUGACUUAUUGUGAUUUUGCUGUUAAGAUUUUUAUGCAGUAAAGCUUCAUACACACUAUGCUUUUGUAGUGAGUGUAGUAUUUUAUAGUUUGCUAAGGCAAUAGAUUUUGUAAUCGGCUUUCUUGAUACUCAUAAUAUCUAAAUUCAAGAUUUUAAAGAUCGCAGUCUUCUUCAUAUUCUUUCAAAGUUACUUAAUUAAAAAAGCAUGUCUUUCAUGACAAUUAAAUGUGAUUAAUAGCUCAGUUGAGUUGAUGUCGUCUGGUAUGUUUUAAGUGCAAAGCGGAGUACAUGGUAGAAUCAUAAAUAUAGGCAUGUUUUUACCAAGUGAAAGCAUAAGUGUGAUUCAACAAAAGUGAUAAAGUUGAAUGCAGUAUCUAAUUCAGACGUCAUCAUGGCAAAAUACAUUUUGCCUCAAAACCAAGCUAAGUAUAUCAAGCAUUCUAUAACUUUAAAAUUUGCUCAAGCAAUUUGUUAAAGACAGUUUUCCCUUAUAUCCAAUUUUCUGCCACAUUUUCUCAAAGUGCAUAGACAAUCUGCAUAUGGCUAAAUCUGUGAUAGACUUGUCUUUCAUUUUUUUCCAUCUAUGUGCUCAACUGUUAGUGAAUUUGAUUUUCAGUGCAAUAUCUUUCAUGACCUACAUUUCUGAUAGAUAUUUUUAACUGUAGUGUCAUUAUUUUCUGCUAUAGCAUAUUUUUAUACCAUUGUGUACUGUAGUGUAGAAUGAGCUUGUAAUAAAGACUACAAUAAAUCA